CUUCUGCCUGGACCAAGUGACAUUGUGAUGGCCACACCACCGAGUUCAUUUCAGCAGGAGCCUCUCACACCUCCGAGAUCCUCCCUCAAGCCCAACCAAGUUGGGCAGGUCAUCCUCUAUGGGGUGCCUAUUGUCUCACUGGUAAUUGACCACCAAGAGCGGUUAUGCCUGGCUCAGAUAUCCAACACCCUCUUAAAAAACUACAGCUACAAUGAGAUCCAUAAUCGUCGUGUGGCUCUGGGCAUCACUUGCGUGCAGUGCACCCCGGUCCAGCUGGAGAUCCUUCGGCGGGCGGGCGCCAUGCCCAUCUCGUCACGCCGGUGUGGGAUGAUCACCAAACGGGAAGCCGAGCGACUGUGCAAGUCUUUCCUGGGUGAGAAUUCGCCACCCAAGCUACCAGACAACUUUGCCUUUGACGUGAUACAUGAAUGCGCUUGGGGCUGUCGAGGAAGUUUCAUUCCAGCACGCUACAACAGCUCCAGGGCUAAAUGCAUCAAGUGCUCCUACUGUAAUAUGUACUUCUCUCCUAACAAAUUCAUCUUUCACUCGCACCGCACACCUGAGGCCAAGUACACACAGCCAGAUGCUGCCAACUUCAACUCCUGGCGUCGACACCUUAAACUGGCUGACAAAACACCACAAGAUGAUUUGAUGUUUGCCUGGGAGGAUGUUAAAGCCAUGUUCAAUGGAGGAAGUCGCAAAAGGGCCCUUCCUUCUAACUGCUCAUCCAUGGGCUCUGUAAAGGCCAUCAACUCGGUUUUGCCCCACAUGAUCUCUCCGGAACUGGCCCAGAAGAGGGGCAGGUAUGAAGAUGAUGAUGAUCUUGACACCAACAGCCUCUCACCACGUAAAGCCCCCCGCAGUUAUCCGGUCAUCCCUGUCCCAAGCAAAGGUUUCGGUAUGUUGCAGAAGUUCCCAACAACGUCACUAUUCCCUAGUCCCUACACCUUCCCUGCAUUUGGCCUUUGUCAACAAAAGAAGGAUGACAAUGAGGCAACCAAUGGACAGAAAAACAGUGGCCUCUCUGGGCUUCUCUGGCCCGGCCGCAAGGAUGCUUUUUACCCACCCUUCUGCAUGUUCUGGCCCCCAAGGGCAACAGGGGGCAUUCCAGUACCCACUUAUCUCCAACCCCAACCCAAUGCCCUUUCUUCCCUCACAGAAAGCCCAUCUCUCAGACAAGCCUUUUUGGAUCUGUCUGAACAGGGCGAUGCUAGUUCUGGCUUGGACACCAACUCCAGAUCGGGGCUUUUUGAGGGCGACUGCCCAACUGUAACCUCUGACUUGCGACCUGCUUCACAGGGCUGGCUAAAGCUGAUGGAUGCUCCCUCACUGCAAGCCCGCAAGGCCAGCUACCACUCCGCCUUUCGCCCUGUGGUCAAAGACACAGAAAGCAUCGCCAAGUUCCAUGGCAGCCUAGAGGACUUUGGGCCUGAGAGGCACCUUUCUCCCGGUACCAGCUGCAGCUACCAGAGUGACAGCGGCGAAAGCGACGAAGAGCAAGAAGUGGAUGUGGAGACCAAACAAGACGAGGAACAAGAGGACUUUAGCAAACGGACCCUGCAAACACCACCACAUCAAACGUUGCAGCAACCCUGUGACCUGCACAUACGUGGACUUCCUGACAGCAGCUCGGGAGAGCAGGUCAAAGAACAGACCUCGUUCCCCAUCAUCCCCACGGAGAGCUCAGGCGAGGACAAACCCAGCCUCGCUGUCAGUCCGCCUACAAUUCUCAAAGUCCCCAGCCCUGUUCACGCCUCGCUGGAGGAAAGCACUGCAUACAAAAAUGCACAUAAGAACAGAGACGAUGGGCUGCCGGCCUACGCAACCAAAAGCAAAACAACCAUCUCAGAUGACAACAAAGAGCAAAGCAGUUUCUUUGUCCCAGAGUCAGAAACAUCAGCACCAGAAUACUGGCGAGAGACUCCAACAGAUCAAAGUCAAGAUUCAAAUUCACCCGUAUCCCUCAAGAAGGAUGUUGAGAACAUGGAAAAAGAGGAAUUGCAGAAAGUUCUCCUUGAGCAGAUCGAUUUACGGAGGAGACUGGAGCAGGAGUUUCACGCUCUGAAAGGCAGCUCUCCAUUCCCAGUUUUCCAUAACUUUCAAGAUCACAUGAAGAGAGAACUGGCUUACAGGGAAGAGAUGGUUCAGCAGUUACAGAUGAUUCCCUAUGCAAACAUCAUUAGAAAAGAAAAGGUUACGGCACAUCUAAACAAAAGCUAAUUGGUAACUUCAUCUGAAACAAAAUCAAGCGCUCAACAUUUUGACGAGGUUAAAAUCAUCCAAAUUUCCACGAUGAUUCAUCAAGCGCAACAAAAGAAACAACUUCCUCUGCUCCAUGAGCUGCUUUCACUGGAAUGAGAAGGACGAAUGAUGUCAAUGAAAAACCAAAUGACACAUCAUUCUACUUAUACACAGAACAAUGAAAUGCACAUACCAAUUAUUUAUAAUUCAUUUGUCAUAUUUCCUGUACAGUAAGCACAUUUUCAUUAUUUAUAAAUGUAUUUAAGUUAAUUUAUUACCCAUGCAUUUACCU